AUGAUUGGAGGGGUUACAAACACUAGAGGGGUGGGGGAAGGAACUGCAAAAGUCCCCUAUCUCGCUAAUGAGUCUCGUCCCUCUCGCCCACUGCGACGACAGGGAUUUUUGCCACUCGGUGAUCCUCCGAUUAUCAGCCUCCUCCUCGCCAGAGAAGAGGAAGUUGUUGAUGAUGAAUUGCAAAUCCAAUUACGAGUGGCGGUUUCCGAAGAGGAAUGCUCUUCGGCGAAGUCCGGUCCCUCUUCGUCUUCCUCUGCCUCGCGCUACUAUCUCUCCAAAUGCGUCCUCAGAGGAAGCGUCGUUCUUCAGGUCCUCCACGCUCACAUCCGUUCUCCCUCCUCAAAUGACAUCGUCUUCGGCAAGGAGACGUCUAUUGAAUUGGUGGUUAUUGAGGAGGAUGGGAAUGUACAAUCUGUAUGUGAUCAGCCUGUCUUUGGCACCAUCAAAGAUCUUGCCAUAUUGUCUUGGAACGAAAAGUUUCGUGCACGUGAUCCUCAGCUGUGGGGUUUGUUUCUGUAA